AUGCUAAAGAAUAGGAUGUCACAGGAUAAUCUAGAGAAGUCACCACUUGUCGGACCUCCACCAGUCAAGGAGGUCAUGAUAAAUGGCUACCACGACGAGUCUAUCGCACAAUCCAGACCAUUCACACCAGUCUCUGCCUUUUGGAAUACCGUCAAGGCUUUUGCCGGUGCCGGUUCAUUCGCUCUGCCAUGGGCAGUUUCACAAGCUGGUAUUUGGAUUGGAUCAAUUGGUCUGGUGGCCAUUGCAUUGCUGUCAAACUAUACGAUGUCAUUGCUGCUGAAAUGUAAUAUAAAGAUGUCGGACGAGCAGCUGGGUACGGACCAGCCACCACCUUCUUAUGCCGAUCUGGGCCGUCGUGCCUUUGGUCGCGUCGGUGAGCUCUUUGUCUGCUUCAUGAACUUCUCCGUGACAAUGUCCAUCUGCAUUGCCUACCUCAUUCUCAUUGGCCAAAACUUUGGCGAGCUGGUCAACUACAAUCAACAGAUCAUCAUCUGGUUCAUCUUGCCCGUAAUCAUGUUGCUCACUUUCUUGACCGACAUGAAGUAUCUAGGUUACACAAGUAUAUUUGGAGCAUUAUCAUUGCUGUUGGCUAUGGGUACAGUACUUACUUAUGGUGGCAUUGACUAUGAUAUUCUGCCAUACAAGGAGUACCAUGUGGACUACACAAAGGUGCCACUCUGGUUCGGUGUGGCCGCAUUCUUCUUUUGCAAUCACAUCGUGGUCAUUCCCAUCAGUCAUGCCAGUGGUGACUACCACCGCUAUCCACGCAUUCUCGACUACUCGAUGGUGUUCAUCACGAUCGUCAAUGUGAUCUUUGCCACACUGGCCUAUCUUUACUUCUACUCGUACGUGGACCCAGUGUCGCACGUCAAGGGUGUGCCAUCGUCGAUCACUCAGGCACUGCCCAACGGUGUCUUUGCCAACAUCGUCAGAAUGUGCGUGGUGUUUGAGCUGACCUGCUCGUUCCCCAUCGUUUGCGGUGCCGGACUCAACGUCGUCGACUCAUCCAUCGAGUUCUUCCAUCGCCACUUCUCGGCCUUCCCCAAUGGAGCACUCAACAACGAGGGCGAGAAGAUGUUCUUCUCGCGCAACUGGAUGUUCUACGCCGUGCGCAUUGGCCUGACCGCCGUGUUGGCCGCCGUCGCCACGACCAUCACCAACUUUGGCUCGUUCACCUCACUGAUCGGCUCGCUGAUGCUGGCUAUCGCAGGUUUUGUCUUGCCACCACUGGUGUACAUCAAGUUCUUCCCCGAGCAGUCUCGUCUCUCAUUCAUCAUCCACAUCAUCAUCUCUGUCUUUGGUGUUGGUGCCACCAUACUUGGAACCUAUCAGUCCAUUUUGUCACUCAUCAAUCCUCCACCUUCA